ACACUUUAUUUAAGAAAGUAAGAUACGGGUUCUCAUUUUGCCAACCUCUACCUGUAACCUUGAUUGGGAAAAUGUUGGAAGAUGAAUAACAUUAGAUUUAAACACAAACACAAAAUGGUUGAUAUUACAACAAAACUAGCGAGUCUUACACUAGUAUGUUUAUACUUCAGAAAUUCUAUAUGCGAUGUGGUGAAAGUUCCUGCCCCGAGAAACGCACAUGAACGCAACAGCCAAUUGGCUGGAGCAGUGAGACGCCUGCACAAAGGGGAAAGCGCGUAGAACGAUGAACUGUCGGAAAUGUGAUGGAAGUUAUGGAUCACAGAGUCAACAGCGUGCCAAAUGUCUCUAAAGUGGUUGACCCAGAUCUGGCAUGGAAGAGUUUCAACCCAGUUCACCCGAGAAACGCAGGGUCUACUGCAGCUGCCACACAUUUGACCCUAACAGAGGACUCUGAGAGAAGUGGGAUCGUUCCAGCUCUAGUUGCUGCAGCUUUGUUUAUUACCCUUUUGCUCACUCUGUAUGCAGUUUUGUGGAAGUGUAUGGACUCAAAAGUACCUCAACGAAAGAAGAGUAAGGUGAGAGUGAGAGUGCGGCAGACGGAUACUGUAUAAAAUCUGCAUACAGUGUGCUACGGGUUACUUUGUCAUUUUGGAUUUACAUGGAGAGAGUUUUUGGAGUAUUUGGACUUUUAUUGGCUGAAAUGAAAAGAAGACCCAGAUAAUAUUUAAAACCCUGUUGGUCUUUUUGUGAGGUAUUGGAUCAUGCCGUUUUGGCUAGUGUUCCUGUGAACUCUGCUCCACUCGGCUCUCAGUGACUAUGAUCAAUGUCAUCAGAUCAAUAUUCCCUUAUAUGGUCCAUUUGACCUUAGGUGUAAUUUUAAAAUAGAUUUUUAUUGUACUAUCUCAAGUCAUAUUUUUCCACAAAAUAUGGGUUAGAGAGUUUUGUUAGCAUAAACAGCGAUAAGGCACAACACUACUGAUUGUAUAUUUAUCAUAAUGUAGCUAUCAGAAGCACAAGCACUUCUACCCCUCUGCAUGUGAAAUUGCUGUAUUAUAUUUUAUAUAUAUUGUACAAUAUUUUUAUUUUUUUUAAUCUUUUACUUAGCUCUUUAACGACAGCUUCUUUGUUUGUAUUGUCCACUGUUUUGAUGAAAUUUUGUAAAUACUCAUUAAAUGAUCUGAUAUCCA